UGGCGUAAGUAAUCUUCUCUCGCGAUUCGUUAACAGCCAAAGAACACAUAAAAUGGCGAAGUGCAGUUGUUAUUUACUUACGUGAAAGAUGAAAGAGUAGCAAAAGGACUGGAAGAAAGACAAGCCAAGACACUAGAACACGAAAAUUUCCUUGAGAAUCGACAUACCAAACUGCCCGCCUGAACAUUUUGACCUUAACACGUUAGUCGAGGUUAUGAGACUUUCCUGAGAUUCAACACAAUUCUUGAUGUUGCACUGGGUUUUGUUGCAUACAGCCUUUUUUAAAUAACAUAUUUUUAGGUUAGUCCGUCAGGGUGCCUCUGAUGCUGCCGGAAUACUUAAGGGCUAACUAUACGAUGGGUAUAUAAUAAAUUAAUCGCUUAUAGGUUGUAUUUUGCAAAUAUUGAAUGCAUCACAGGGCAGAUAUGAAUUUUCUGAAGAAGUGCAUCUAAGUGGUAAACUAGAAAGAGAACUGAUCAGUACGUGGGGAAAUAUUUCAUUGGCUCAUAAGCUUUUGGGAAAAUGGCCCAAUAUUUCAAUCUCGUGACUAAUGCAAACAAUGCGAUAACUAUCGAGGAAGUGCAACGAAUUUGUUCUGUAGAAGGACAGAGCGUGCAGUUCGUCGUUGAAGAUAUUAAUAAUGGUGGGAAUGGUUCAACACAAUAUGUUACAUACACUCCUGCGGCACAAAAUACCGAUCAGGCAAUUUUCUCACCACAAACUAUAAAUCUCGGUGGGCAGAUUGCUACCGCUCCUUUAGAUCAACGACAAAAUGUGUACAUAAUCAAAACAAGCGAUAUGUCAACGACCCAGAAUAUAUUGAAAACAAAUACAGUUAAUGUAGUAGGCGAGAACAUCGUUAAUAUUGUGGAUGAUCGAGGAAAUAAAAUACCAGUAAAUAGUAAUCCUGAGGGGCAGAGUAUGCAAUGGAUAAAGAUGCCAGAAAACAGUAUCAACUUCAAUGCAGUUUUGAAGCAAAACACGACGCCCAUCAGGAAUCAAGUUGCCACUCCGAACAGGAAUCAGCAGCAAAACAAUGUUACUACACCACUUUCAUACCAGCAGGGUCAGCGUUCGCUAUCCGAAGCGCAGUUCUGUUCGAUGGAGAAAAAAACACCUAGACAAUUACAAAACCGGAAUCGUCAUUCAUUCGUGCAAGGUGGAAGUGUACUAAACACUCCACAGGGUGGGCAUACCGUGCACUCUCCAGGAGAUCGAAUGUUGCAUCGAAAUUCGACAUCAAGUUUCCAGACAAAAGCUUAUGGUUUAGUACAGACGGUCCAGCAGACAUUAAAAACCAAUCCCCCUGCGCUGCACUAUCCUGAGAAAGAACAUUUGAGUGAACGGAUCAAACAGCAGGCUAAAUUAAAAAGGGCAUUACAUACACAGAUGCGUGAUGAAUUAAGCCCACCACACAGACAGUACAGUUCUGCUUUACAACAACGAAAGCAACAACUGCACCAACAGCAACACCAGCAUUGUCAACCCAGUGUAUCACCUCAAAUGAAGCAACAGCGGCAACCUUUAUUAGGUACACAGUGUGCAAACCAGCAAGCCAUGGAAAUUGAUCAAUCUGAAAACAUCGAAGAACAGGCGAGCGUUAAUCAAGAAAACAGUAACGAACAAGCAGAAUCUGAGUGUAAAUCCACCGAGAGUUUGGCAUACUUACAAAAGACUAUUCAUGAUCCGCAUAAUACUAUAGUCCCACAGCAAAUCGAAGGCAAUACCGCGAAGAUGCUGGUUCUUCUACCUGACGGAGAACAAAGACUCAUUACGUUUGACAUACCAAAUGAUGAGUGUACUGUUCAAGAUCUUUUAGAACAGUCAAACAUCUCAUUUUGCGGGGACACCGUAAUAUCUUUAGUGUCGGAUGGAACGUUGGGUAUCAAUUACAUCGUGGAGGCUGGUCCAGGCACGUCGAUGGGAACCCCAGAUGAAACUGAACAAAGCAGUUUGGAAGUUGAAAAUAAUUCCAUGCCGAAUACAGCUGCCGAUGGUUCCUCACCUAAUUUCCAUGCUUCGAAUGAAAACAGUAAUUCCUCCGUAACACCAAACGAGGAGCCCAAAUACGUCGAUGGAAAACUUGCUGUGUGCCCUCACUGUGGCAUCAGUUCAAGUGACUUCAACCGGUGCAUGCGGUGUAAGACAAAAUUGCCAAAGGAUGUCAAGGCAAUACCAAUAACUAUGGGUAUACAAGCGAAGAACGAGAACAUGCUGUCCGUCGAUACCUUUUAUAAGAAAACCCCUGAUCGUAACGCAACAGCUAAGCUAGACCAAGAUGGUUCCGUUUGUAAACGUGGAAGAGGUAGAGCGCGAGCAGUUGGAUCUUCAAGAUCAAAGCCAGUCAAAGAACCAGAAUGUUUAACAAUAUCAUCGGACGAAGAAGAUGAGGAGAACAAAAUAAAAAAGUCGGAAAUGGAUAACAAUGUUACACACAAUACCUCAUCUGGUGGUGCAUCCAAUGAAGAAAUGGAAAUGAUUUCUGAAAAAGAACCAGUUAUCACAAACAAUUUAAUGUACACUGACAUUGAUCACACUGUCGAUGGAGAAGAGGGAGUCAAAGGUGGUGGAAGAGAAUCUGAAACAGAAGACAUUACCGAUGGAUCUAUUCAAGCACCACAUACAUCUAUAUUAUGUCGAACGGUCAGGAUAGGAUCCUACAAAUAUAUCCCUCGAGAAAGAGUAGUAAUAUCACAGAAUGGUAUUAGAUUAGGGGUACCGUUGCUCGAAGAUGAUACCAACUUUGUCACUCUAGACGUAAAAUUCAAAAGCAUAGUGAAAGUGUUAAUUCACUUCGGAAAGAUAAUGCCAGUUCUCUUUUUCUAUACAACGCCGGGUACUGGUGCGAUGAUCCGAGAGUUACUCGGUAUGCAAGACCCAAAAGGACCUUAUUAUGAUCCUGCUGGCAAAGAUAAUACGCAUAAACGGAUUACCUUGCUACCAGAAGAAAUGACAGAAGAGUCGAAAUUAUGCUUGAAAACUUUAUUUCCAUUAACAAAAAAACUUGAGGAGCUCAAUCCAAAAGAGGCGAACGAAAUUUUAAUUCGGUCUUCGCCACAAUGCCAAACACAUUCAGAAACCCUAUUGAAAAGACAAAGUCAAGGAUCCUCGUCAAACAGUAGUAACGUCAACGGCAAGAUACAAACCAUAAUGGUAUAUCCACCGCCUCCUGCUAAAGGUGGUAUUGCGAUCAACACGGAGGAUUAUGCAUGUCUCGGGGAAGAUCAGUUUUUGAACGACGUGAUUAUAGACUUUUAUUUAAAAUACUUAACGCUGGAGGUAUUGUCGGAAACUGAUCAAAGUAGGACCCACGUUUUUAGUUCAUAUUUUUACAAACGAUUGACCAGUCCACAUGCCCAGGCGGCUGAGAAUACCGCCCCAUUAUCCGCCGCUGCCAAAAGACACGCGAGAGUUCAGAAAUGGACAAAAAACGUUAAUAUUUUUGAGAAGGAUUUCAUCGUUAUACCAAUUAAUGAACAUGCCCACUGGUUCCUAGCCAUAAUUUGCUUUCCGGGAUUGGUGGGCAAAGUUCCUGUAUCCACACAAAGUUCAAAGGAACAUGACGUACACAAGACUGUCCAAAAAAGUAAAAAAGUUAAGGAAUUGAAACUUCAGGCAGUCACCAUUGGCAGCACCACUAUUACACCUGUAGCUACAACUAUAACAUUAGAUCCAGGAGACGAUGGCUCAGAAAGGGAUGAAGCUGAAGGUGAUGAUGAGGAAAUGGAAAUGGAGAGUGACGAAGAAGAGGACACGGAAAAUCAAGAAGACAAUGCUAAUCGACGAACGAAAGUAACUCAAACAACAGCGCAACAAAAGGAUAUAGUCAAAAUUCCAUGUAUAUUAAUAUUCGAUUCGCUGGCGGGUGCUAGCCGAUCGCGUGUCGUUGCAACGCUGCGGGAUUAUUUGAGCUGUGAGCACUUAGCCAAAAUGGGAGUCGACAAAGUGUUCUCGAAAGAUACUAUAAAAGGUUCCUGUCCAAAGGUUCCACAACAAUCAAAUUUUACAGACUGUGGAGUCUAUGUUCUACAGUAUGUAGAGAGUUUCUUCAAAGAUCCAAUAAAGAAUUACAUGCCACCAAUAAAAACACUAAAGACUUGGUUCGAGGAGAUCGUCGUUACGCGUAAGCGCGAGGAGCUUUCGAAGCUUUUAAUGAAAUUAAUGAACGCUACUAAAGGUGAUAAGAAUAUAAACUUGCCGACCCUGACGUUUCCUACACAAGAUGGAAAGUUAUUACCGAGACCGGAAGCUCAAACGGCGGAUGCCGCGACAGUGAAAACUGAAGCCGAGAACAAGAAGCCUAAUUAUAAUGAAACAACAGAAAAUCGAGUAACGUCAAGUGAACCAACAACGGAAAAGAAUGCCGAGCAAAUUAGCGAGGCACGUGCAAAAAUUUCACCGUUCAUUCCCUAUUCGUCCUCUGCCAGUUCCAGCUCAAAUGAAAGCAACCAAACCGAUAUGUUUACCGAGGUGAAGACGAUGACCAGAUCUGAUGCAGAAACAAUGUCCUAUCUGAAAGCGAAGAGGAUUCCAAGGCUAAUGCUGAGAUCGAGUUCAGAGAGCCAGGACGAUAAGCAGUCCUCUAAGAAACAUAAGGGAGACAACUUUGAUUCCUGUAAAUAAAUAUAUUUUUCUCCUAUUCCAUUUCUUUCUCCUACCUUCCCAUCUUUUUUUAUAACGAUAAAAAAAACAAUUAGCCCGCAUUCAUAAGUACGAUCAGCCCAAUUACCUGUGUAACAAAGUAUGUAGUUAGUACUUCGUAAGGUGAAUAAAAACACGAAAUAUGCAAAUAUGAACAUGCGUUUGUUGGAACUUAAGUUGUUUUGAUAAAACGUUUGGUAGUACUUUAUACAGUUACUAAAAACAAUUAUGGCAAUUGCUCUAUUUUAAGAAUCUCGUAUAAAGUAUCUGUUUGAAUAUUUUAUGGAAAAGAUUCCAAAUUGUUGAAGUAAAAGAAUUAUUGAAAAUAUUGAUGUACUUCUAAGGAUAAGAAGCCGAUUCACUUAAAUCACUUAUUCUACUUUGCGUGUAAAUUACUCAUAAACCUUUUAUUUGUAAAAACCAUUAUGAAAUAAGUUCUAUCAUGGCACUGCAAUGAACACAGUGAGCAGCAUUUCACCAGCAAAAUUAACAAACGUGCAUUUGCCAUUUGUUACAUAUUGUUUGCAAAUAGAUAUUUAUUCCAUUUCCUUUAUUUUCGCCAACUCUCACAUAUCCAUCACGCCAUGAUGAACAGUAUCGAAAACGAAAUUUUUUUAUUCAGAAACAAUUAUCAGUUUUCAAUAAAUAUCGAUCGAAAUAUA